AUGUAUCGGAUCAGGAUUUUUUUUCUCACACUAUGAAGGGCAAAUUCUGGUCGGAUGAUCUGGGUCAUCUCCUAAAUUAAUAUUUCUAGGUUUGGGAAGAACAUUCAAGUGUUAUGGUCAAUUUCGUCUGGGUUUUGACGGAACUUCCUCCCAUCAUCCAUGGCGUCCUACCUCAAGUACGCAACACGGCGACGAAAUCCAAACCCAUCCUCGGCCGCGCUUCUCGUUAUCGACAUCCAGAACCACUUCGCCACCAUCGCAGCGCCCAUCCUCCCAUCCCUCCGCACGACGAUCGAUCUCUGCCGUUCCGCCUCCAUUCCCAUCCUCUUCACCCGCCACCGCUACCGUUCCCCCGCUGACCACUCCAUGCUCGCUGAGUGGUGGCCUGGCGACCUCAUCCUUGACGGCACUGCUGCCGCUGAACUCCUCCCCGGCACCGGCCGCCAACCUGAUGAUCGCGUCGUCGAGAAGGACACCUACAGCGCGUUUAGAGGCACUGGAUUGGAGGAAACUCUGAAGGAGAUGGGGGUGGACGAGGUGAUUGUGAGUGGGGUGAUGACGAACUUGUGUUGCGAAACGACGGCGAGGGAGGCGUUUGUGAGAGGGUUCAGGGUUUUCUUCUCUACAGAUGCCACAGCGACCAGCAACAACGAGUUGCACGAGGCCACACUUAAAAACAUGGCUUACGGCUUUGCUUAUUUGGUGGAUUGCAAGUCACUUGAAAUGGCUCUUGCCAACAUCAAAUAAGAAGGGGAUAUCAUCUGAAUGUUCUUUAUUGUGUGUCUGUGUAUGUUUUUAACUCGAAUUCUAAUGUUUAUCAUUGGAUUUUGUUGUUAUAUUUGUGAAUUUUAUUUUGUUGAAUGAUUUCA